GUUCCGAUAAUGCGUUGGAUCCUCAUAUGGAGGGCUGGAGUUAGCAAUGAGCUUCGGGGUGUCAACCAUAGUGAGAGAUGACAUGCCUGCCCGAUCAAUUAACUCGCACUACAAGAAAGCGGUGAUUUUACGACUGAAUUUUUCGACCACAAGUAUAGUAGUCGGUAAAAUUUGAUUUUAGCCACUAAAAUAGUGUUGGUCGUUAAAUUUAAAUUUUUACGACUAAAAAUUGUGGUCGGUAAGUUGCGACUACUUUAAAGGUAAACAACGACUACUUUGUAGUCGUGAGUUAAGUCGACCAAAACAACAUUUUUCAAAAAAAUAUUCCGACCAAUAAAUUAUAGCGACCAAAUAUUUUAGUCGGUAAAUUCCGACUACUUUAUAUGUAGUCGUUGAUAUCAAGUUUUGCGACUACUUUGUAGUUGGUAAAAAAAAUAACAAAAAAAAAUAAAAAAAUAAAGUUUUGGUCGUUAAUUUUGGUCGCAGAAAUUCGUAAGUCCGACUAAAAUUUUGGUCGUUAAAUGUUUUAAAUGAAAGAGGGGUUUGCUGGUUGAAUUCAAUAUGGUCGGUUAAUUCAAAGACCUCCCUCUUCAAUACCUAACACCAGAUCUGAAAAACAACCAGAAAACCAACGACAUCCACCACCACUAACAAACCAACAACCACUGCCACAAGAGCCGACGCAGCCACCGGCAACCAAGAGCCGACGACGCAGCCACCGGCAACCAAGAGCCGACGACACAACCACCAACACGCGACUUAGCCGACGACGCAGCCACCAACACGCGACCCAGCCACCAACAACCACCGCCAACCGCUGCCUUCAACGACGAAGCUCCUCUCAACCCCUCUCCCUUAUGAGAUGUCUGGUCGAGGGGAUAGUUCAGGCAGUGGCCGUGUUCGUAGAGGUGGACGUAAAGGUGCUCGUGGGGGUGCUCGUGGAGGUGCUCAUGGAGGUGCUCGCGAUAGUCCACAUAUCACAUAAUCCACUCAGGAUACCUUCUUUGAUGAUGACAUGACUCAGGGUGAGUAUGAUAGUGAGGUUGUACCUGAGACACAACAAGAUGAAGUGGUUGUUGAGCCGGGAGUGUUUUGGAUGACACCUGGUGAACUAUGGUUUGAUCAUAGUUCCCUCGCCCGACACAUCACGAGUGUCAUUCAAAAGUAUUACAAGAGUCCGUGGACGUGUUAUACACAGGUGGAUAACCAUACCAAAGAGCAUUGGUUUAAUUUGUUCAAGCAGACUCACAAGUGGCCACCGAAGUACGACAACUUGGCCUUGCAUGACUACCAUGAAAAAGCGGGGCAAAGACUAAAGGACACACACAACUACAUCACGUCAAGAAGUGGUGGAAAACGUCCUGAUUGGUUGCCUGAGGAGGUGCAUAAAGAGAUGAUGAGGCAUGCAACGGAGGAUCCUGAAUUCCUGAAAAAGUCUGAGCGUUCAAAGAAGAAUAGGAGAGGCGGUUCACUAACAAAUUCAAUUGAACCAACACAUUUUCAAGGUUCCAUUUCCACAGUAGAACAUGCAAAAAAAUGGCAAAAGACAAUGGAGGUGCUUUGCCUACGGCCGGUGAGUUAAAUUUGAGGACGCACACGAAGAACAUACCGGGUAAAGGGAAUGUACCAUGCAGUAGCAAAGCGAAACAGAUCAAGGAAACAUAUGAAAAGACUGUUGCUGAAUGCCGUGAAAAAGGCACUGAAAAGGAUCAAAAUCAAAUAUUUUUUGAGACAGUUGGUGGGAGAAAGAAGGGAAAGGUCCAUGGCUUGGGGAGUGGCUCACAUUUGUAUUAUGCACCACCUUCGAGGGGAGGUGGUUCUUCUAGCUCAUACAUACCUUCCCUUUAUUCGCAAUUUCAAGAAAAAUUUACUCAAAAGACCCAAGCGUUGGAGGCGACACAAGCUCAGAUACUAAGGGAGAGAGAAGAAGAGAGACUGGAGCGACAAAGGGAGAAGGAAGAGCUACAAAAGGAGAAGGAAGAGCUACAAAGGCAGAGAGAUGCAGAGCGACUAGAGCGCCAAAGGGAGAAAGAAGAAAAAGAAGAAAAUGAUAGGGUCCAAGCAAAGGUGAUUGCCGAGUGAAAGAGGCAAUGGAGAACUAUGGAAGGAUGUUCAGUCAGUGUAGUCAAUUUCAGUCUCAAGACCGUCAAGAUCCCCCUGGCGGAGGGGCUGGAGGGGCUGGGCUAGCUACUUUGUAGAUUUUCAAAUAUAUUUUCUAUAUAUUUAUGUAUUAACUCGUAGUUAUGUAUUAUCAGUAUGAACAAGUUUGUUAAUAUUAUCAAAGCUUUGUACUCCGUAGUUCGUGUUUUGAAUAUUGUGGUCGCAGGAAUUAUAUUGAAUAGCAGGGAAAUUGAAUAUUGAGUAGGCAUUGUAUUUGAAUA